CCGCUCUUCCCGCGGAAACUCGAGAUUCUGGCCCCUGAAAAAAAGUUUGCGAAACUCCCCGAAUAGGAAAUUCUCUCAAACCGGUGAAACCAUAGACCGGAAGUCGAAAUUAAUCUCAAAACCCUAAAUUAAUCGUGAAAAAUCAUCAGCACCACUUACGAUCCAGCUUCUCGCGUGAUCCUCUCAAGUGGAUUCACCCAUACCUGAUCGAUCGAUCGAUUGAUCCGAAUCGAGGGAUCCAACAACGAGUACAUAACACCAACAGCAAGUGUUCGGCAUCUAGCAUCUUAUCAUCCAUCAGCGAUCGAGAUCAAGAUGUGGUUUUCGGCACUCGUCCUUAUCGGCGUGAUCCUCGUACGAGGAUCUACAGGAGGACCGUAUGACAGGAUGACGAUCAACCUGAACGACAGGACCCUCUUCAUCAGGAGUCUGCCUGGGUAUCCUGGGACAAGGAGCGACCUUUACGAGGUCUACAUGGAGCCUUAUCUGUUCGCAAUAGGUCUGAAAGCGGUGGUGGAGAUGAAAUCCCUCGACGAAGAUGGCAACCCCGUCGACGGCCCCAGAGGUACUUUGACCCUCGAGCAGAUGCACAACGGUGUCAGGGUGACGGGGACCCUUUCGGGGUUGACACCAGGUCUUCACGGACUUCACGUCCACGAGAAAGGCGACCUCAGAAAAGGCUGCACGUCCGCUGGACCGCAUUUUAAUCCCUACAUGGUUAAUCACGGAGCACCUACGGAUCCGCUGCGUCACGUAGGCGACCUGGGCAACAUAGAGGCUGGCCCUGAUGGAGUGGCAGAAAUCAAGGGGAUGGAUCAUUACUUGACCUUGAUCGGAGUUAGAGGAGCCAUCGGAAGGACCCUGGUGGUUCACGCCAAACCAGAUGACCUUGGACGCGGAGGGACCGAAGACAGCGUCAAAACUGGAUCAGCUGGUGCACGGGUUGCUUGUGGUCUCAUCGGGUUCCUGUGAUCCAAUUUCCCCGUAUCUCCGUGCUCGAGCUUAUCGCGUAUUAAUUUACACAUUUAUUCGUAGAAUGAUUCCGGGUCGAAGUUUGUACGCCAAUUUUUGCCGGCAAUAAAUCCUGGAAAGUAAACCAAAAAA